AUGAAUAAAAAUAUGCAGAAUGUGAGCCGUUUAUUUAUUCGUUACUACAGCUUGAAACCACCAGGUCGCAAGAAUUGGCCUAAACCAAUGAUGCUUGGACCACAGACGGUUAAACAUCCAAAAUUUCCAGGAUGGCCACUUUACUAUUUCCCAGCAUCAGAUAGCAGAUAUCAAUGGUUUUUUGUUAUAUUGGCUUUUCAGUUGACGGGAAUAUCUUUACCUCUGCUUGGCAUCUAUAAAAUGCUAAAAACAAUGUACAGCUACUCUUUUAUAUUAUUCGAUCCAAGUUGGAUUUAUUUAAAAAUGCUUAAAUGA